AUGUUAAAUAAUUGAAUUUUUCAGAUAUGGACAGCAUAUUCAGUGACGAUGAAGAGUUUGAUACAUUCCGCGAUCAAUUAUACGUUGGAAAAUCUGAUAAUCAGGACGAAAAGCUGGUUCCGAUGUUUGGGAUCUAUACCUUGAUCAAAAGCGAUAAAGCGAAACCAAGACAAGAUUUGUUCCUGAGAAACUUUGUACCACCAUCUUCAAAUGAAUUGGAUCCCUAUGAAGAUGGAACAUUUGAGCAUAAAAAACCAAUUCCCGAGAAGGUUGUACAGUGCACCAAUUUUUCAUAUUUCGGAAUGAAUCAAAGCAGGUUCAAAAUUGAUGAUACUACGACAUCGUUGUGUGACCAUGCCAUUGAACGAAAAAAGCUUCUGGAGAAGUUGAGAAGAAUGGAUGAAGAAACCGCGGAACAAGAUGCAGAAGAUGAAAAGGAAAACGAUGAGAACAAAGAGCCAGAAAGCCCGAAUCGAACACUUCGAAAAACAAAAGUGGACACGCCUCGUCCGAAAACAGCACAAUUGAAAAGAAAAAGAAUCAUUAUGAGCAGUGAUGAUGACUCAGAAGACGAAUUCUCAAUGCGAAGCUCUCCUCGGAAGAAGCGAGUUUCACCGGAAAUAUAAUUCAUUGCCAACUUAUCGAAAUUAUUUUCUUUAAAUUUUAAACUUGAAACUCCACGCGGUAGAAUUGUACAUCAGGGCUGUGCGGCAACCGAGAUUUUCGGCAACCGACAAUUGCCGAAGUUGCCGAACCCAAAAAUUUUCGGCAACCGGCAAUUGCCGAAGUUGCCGAACGCUGAAAUUUUCGGCAACCGGCAACUUGGUUUUUUUUUUUGUGUGGUCCUGUGAUACAAAAAAUACUACUUUUGUUGCUUAAAUACUACCUUUUCAAAUAUUUUGAAUAAGAAGUCAAUAACACAA